AGGAGGGACUGAUGGACAAGCAGAGAUCAGGAGAUAUGUGGUCAUACAUCAAGGAAAGACCUGUGAUCAUCACAUAUGGACUGCUGGCACUUUCAUUUAUCCUGGUUAUUGUCCUCUUCGCAACUGUCCACUCUCAGAAUUUCACACCAGAAAGGAAAGAGUUGGCGAGCAAGGAUGACAUUCUCGGCCUGAACAUCACUGUUAAUUCAUUGACAGAAAAGAUGAAAGAAAUAGAGCGCGCUGCAAAAAAGAAAGGCAUGUGUGACGCUGGUUGGCAACUGUUUGACAGCAAAUGCUACUUCUUCUCAAACACCAAGUCUAACUGGUAUAGAUCCAGGACCAUGUGCGUAAUGAAGAACGCUGACUUAGUUGUAAUUAACAAUGAAAACGAACAGAGGUUUAUCAAGGGUGUAGCUGGGAGCACAUCUUACUGGAUUGGCCUAACUGACUCAGAGGUGGAGGGAAAUUGGACAUGGGUCGAUGGAACAGACUACAAAACAUCGUACAAGUCCUGGAGGCCAAACGAGCCCAAUAGUUCGGGAGGUAAUGAAGACUGUGGCCAACUUUGGAAGGAUGGAAAUUGGAAUGACGUAGCCUGCCAUGAUUCCAACACUUAUACCAUCUGCGAGAAGAAACUCUGAAUUUCCAUUGUCCUCAUGGACAGUCAUUAUAAAUAUCUACACUCAUUACAACUCAGAGAUUUUUAUGAAUAUAUCAUUAUGUAUAUAGUUUUAGAAUCUGGUGACUGCUGGGAUACAAUGAAAUGUUGUGGACAACUGAUAAUAGAACAUGUAACUGAGAUAUGUCUGAUCUUUAUUUUCUAUAUUAAAGAAAUAUCUGAUAAGUGGA